AUGAGAAGAUAUCUCAUAUCGGAUCAUGUUAGCAUGAUGAAAAACGUUCUUCUUGUGGGCCUCAUGAUGGUAGUGAUGGUGAUCAUUGAUGAUGAUUUUAAGGGAGAUAUGAAAAGCCUUAUUAUUGAGGCUCGGGACAUUCAUCCUCCUUCAAAAGCCUUAAUACAGCGAUCAUUAUCAUCAUCAUAUUUGCAGAAUAUUGCCAAUAAUGAAGAUGAUCAUGGCGGAGUAAGAGGCUCAAUUUCUUACUCGUCUAAAUUUUCGAAUUGCUGGAAUGUCCCAACCUACAUGCAGAAUAUUGUAGAUUUUAGUCAAGAAACUGGACGAGAAGUAUACAUUCCGAAUGAUUUUGGUUGUUCAAAUGUUACACUAUGGACAACAUUUGGGGUUCCUUCGUAUUUCAAAGAUCUUGAUAUUUCUGGCUAUUACUCCUUUCUCAUGUUUCUCAAUGAUGGAGAGAGUUAUGAUUUGUGUUCGAGAGUUGGAUAUUGGGAAACCAAAUUGGGCCUCUCUUGUAACCAAUUACUUUGUGAAAAUAAUCAAGUUGAUAAUUUGAGGAACGAUGUCGAGGAAGUCACUGAAAAACAGACAUCGAUCUUUGAUUGGAUCAAUUAUUGCCAGUAUUGUUUAAAAAACAACAACACAUUAAGAUCCCACAGAAGUGAGUUCACACCCUCAAAUGGAGGAUGUUUCCCAAAAGAUAACACGGUGAAUGAAAUGAUCAAUCGGUUUCCAAGCUCGAUAACGUUUUGUGGAAAUUACGAGUUUGGAAUUCCUUUCAUUGUAAACAACACCAAUGUUGCCCAUUCAUAUCUGAAAGAAGGAUACUCGUAUCUAUGCUAUUGCCCAUUUGACCAGUAUUUUAGCUUAAAAUGCGCCAAUAAUUAUGUUAACUAUUUGGUGGUUUGGGUCAUAUCCAUUACUCUCUCGAUCAUUCAUGGAGUUUCAUUUGUUGUCACUUUUUUUGUAACGUUUUUACCAAAAGUUACAACAAGUUUUAAAGAAAAGCGCCCAUUUAACAGCAUUACCAUUACUUGCGUGGUAUUGUGCGAGAUCUUGUUGUUUGUGGCCAUGGUGUUUUCUCAAUGGUUUGGAACAAGCCUUGCAAUGACUAUUCUAUCAGACGUUGCACUUUCAUUGGUACUAUUAAGUCUAUUCACAUGGGUUAUUAAUUGGUUCAGACUCAUCCUCUAUGUGAAAACAAAGAAAACAAUACCUUUCAUUAUUAUGUACCUGGUGAUGGCUGUAUUGUUUCUGAUUGCUGGAGUUGCCAUUCCUAUUCUCAUUUCAGUGAUUUAUUUUAAUGAAAUGCCAUCCGUGAAUGUAUUCUUUUCAAUUUACAUGUCAGUCUUAACAUUUACUGCAUGUGUGGCAUUUGUAGCAUCCGCGAUUUGGAUCUAUUGGACCAUGAAAAAAGUUUCUGACAUUAACAUGUGGAACUCUUCCGUAAGUGUCUCACUUUUUCUCUGA